AUGUGGAGGAAAAACGAACUCAGACUGGGGAGUUUAGCCGGAGAAAACCAAGAUUCCGAUCAGAGCAUCUCCGAAGAGGAGGAGGAUGAUUUGGAGGGCGAGGGGACUGGAAACAUGGUUUCCUUGGAUGGAUUGGGGAGUAAAAAGUCGCAGGGCUCGGUGCAGGUUCUCUCACAACUCGAUCUACUGAGAGAUUCUUAUGAAUUUCACUCAACUAAGGAAGAGUUAUUCUCAUCUCAUGAGAGAAAAGGAGGCUACAGUGAGGAUGAUGAAUUAGAAUUUUCUCUCUUUGAUGAGGACAACUGUACCGACUACCACCUGAAAAGUUUUAGUGCUGCCCAUACAAAACACAAUGCAGGAAUGCUCUACUUACCAACAAUGGCUUCAAUAUCACAUUCUGAUGAAGAGAUUAUUUCUGAUGAUGAGAAAAUUGAUCAUCCGACUAUUGGAAAUGCAAGAGGGACUGUGGACUGCACGUGGUCUGAAGCAAGCCGAGAAGUGGAGGCAUUAGUCUGCUUGAAUGAAAAUUCUACCCGCCAUCCAUCCCAUGGUGCCUUUGUGAAAGAGAGGAAGUCCUCCAAAGGUGGAGAUGGAAGGAAUGCAGCCAAGCCCAAAUUUGUAUUCCUUCACGAUUCACGUAAGGAAGACAUAUCAAUGGUUAUUAGUGAUAGGCAUGGGACAUCAUCCGCGAACGGCCCAACACUAGAUGAAAUUGAUGCUGCAGCUGAAGAAGACGCGGAUGAACUUAUGUCUGAUUCUCAGCCGAUUUGUCAUGAUAAAGAAUCUCAAGACCCAGAAAACUCUUGUGUCCCCUAUGAACAGGCCCAAAAGAAUGAUUUCAAAGGGCUUUCAAUGGCUGAGUUUCUAUACAGCUUUGACAAGAGCAGCAACCAGCUGCAAGGAAGGAUAGAAUAUGAUAUUGAGAAAGGACAAAGAAGAAUGCAGAUGAUUGUAAAAAGAAAUACAUCUGAACAGGGUGAUACGAAUCAGGCUGAGGAUGACCCGCUUGAGUCUUUGGAUAGUGGAUCUCCCUUUUGUAGCGAUGAUGAGGAGAAUCACCAAAGUCUACAGUUGGUUGUCCCUAGUAGGACCAUGACGGAUCAGUUUCACGAAGCUUUUGGAAUGGUUUCUGCAAUUGAUGAGGGCCCACAAGUAACUUUUCCGAGGCCAUUGUGUGGAAUGCAUGGGAAGUUGCAGCAAGUAAUGCAACAUGAGAAACAAAGAGAUAUGGUUUACUUGAAGAAUCUAAGUGGAGAAACUGGUUUUAAUGAUGAAAAAAUGUGCAUUUCUGUGAGGAUUCUGACAAGGUCUCUGGAAGCAAAGCUGAUUGUAUGUUCUUGCGCUCCUGUUGAAGAUGCAAAGAGCUCAUAUUGGGAGAGUGAUGUAGAAGUUAAAGUGAAAGGCAUACAAAAGACAUUGACUAUCAUCUUCAACCCGAGGGUUUGUAAGGAUGUUGAGCUUGAAGUCGGCAACUUGAUCAGCAUACGUCCGCCAUGGACGGAAGUGCCGGUGAAGGAGAAAGAUGAGACAGCAUCAAGCAUGAAGGGCCGAGACGGAGCAGAGUAUAUUGGAAAUGUUAUGUUUUCGCAUCUGAAUAGCACCUGA